AAUUAGGAAGCAGCACAGCAACAUCCACCUAUUUUCCAAUCAAAUCAAACUCUAUAAAAACAAAAAAAAACUCAACACUCUCUUCCUUCCCUUCCUCCCUCCUCUAUCGAUCUACAAAAAUCCCAAAAUGGAUCGACCCGUUUUUGUUAUCGAAGCCACCGAAGCCAAAUCCAUGGCCAAAUCUUCAUCCCUCACUCUCACCCAACUCCUCCCAUCACUUGUCACCUCCGCCCAAUCCCUCGCCCGCCCACCCAUCUCCAAUUUCCACGUCGGAGCUGUCGGAUUAUCCCCAUCGGGUCGGAUCUUAAUCGGAGUCAACGUCGAAUUCCCAGGCCUCCCUCUUCAUCACUCCAUCCACGCCGAACAGUUUCUCCUCACAAAUCUCUCCCUCCACGACGAACCCAAUCUCCACUCAUUCGCCGUCUCCGCCGCUCCCUGUGGCCACUGCCGGCAAUUCUUCCAAGAAAUCCGCGGAGCACCCGAUAUUCAAAUCAUCAUUACCUCCGAAUCCGACCCGAAUUUCACUUCUCUGUCUCAUUUUCUUCCUUACAGAUUCGGUCCACACGAUCUUCUCCCUCAACACGCUCCUCUGUUUUUGGAACCACGUAACAACGGGUUAACGCAGAAACUACCCAACGGCGUUUGCAAAGGUGAUGCGGUUGAUGAAAAGCUAAAGAUUGCAGCUAUGGAGGGUGCGAAUAAAUCGCACGCUCCUUAUAGUAAUUCACCAUCUGGAAUGGCGAUUGUGGAUUGUAAUGGAAAAAUAUAUAAAGGAUCUUAUGUUGAAUCGGCGGCGUUUAAUCCGAGUUUGGGUCCUCUUCAGGCUGCGGUGGUGGCGUUUAUGGUUGGAGGUGGUGGUAAGUAUGAUGAGAUAGUGGGUGCUGUGUUGGUAGAGAAGGAUGGAGCUAUGGUGAAACAAGAGGGUACUGUUAGAUUGUUGCUUGAAGCUAUUUCUCCUAAAUGUCAAUUGCAGACUUUUUUAUGUGAAUGAUCAUGUCUUUCACGUUUGCUUGCUAUUAAUCAUUCAAACUGAAAUUAUGUUUAUCUCUAUUUUUCUUGUGUUAAUCCUCUGUUCUCUUGUUCUGAGCUCCUUGUAAUACAAAUUUCACUGACCAAAACUUAAAUUAUUAUGUCAAAUUCUCAUUGCUUGUGCUUGUGC